UUCAGUUUAUGUUCAACCGUGGCCGAGUCUAGUUCUUGCAUUUCGAACUUCGUAGCGCCGUUCGUACAUUGUUCUGCCUUGUAAAAUUAUUCUGUUUUUCAAUCCCCAAAUCGUUCAAGAAAAGAGUCUGUUUUGCUCUAAAGCCUUUGUCCGAUCCGGGUUUAUUUUUCUUCCGAAAAGUGGCAUCGAUAUCGCUACUGCCGGUGGCUGCGAUUUCAAAUUCCUUGGUGAUAAAUCCGCGAGUAAAUUUCCGCGCGUUUGGUGUUGAAGUGUGUUGCUUUGAUCCGAAAUCAUCGUUCGUGUUUAUCCCGCAUCAUCAGCACAAAAUUCCCCCGACUACUUUGGUCGCCGCGACUUAUAAGCAGGUCCCCAACCCCAAGCCCCCAUUGCGAGAGAAGGCGUGGUGUGUUCCUUUCGGUUAGUGUUGCGGAAAGAAGAAGUUCAAGCAAUUUGCUUAUACGUUUUAGCCACUUGAAACGUCGCUCGAGUUUUUUCGUAGUGCUUUGUUUGGUGCUAAAUCGGCGAAAAUCGCGAGUUUUUCGAGUGAGCUUUUGAGCGAAGUGCGAGGAAUUUGCUGCGCGAGGCUCCCCUGCUAAGAGUUGGUCUCGGUACAAGACUCCCAGCUAGGAAAGAAAGCCCGACCGACAUCAUCAUCAUCCAAGCCGUCCGGGGGAGUUUUUGGUGAGAAAUUUCCAUCCCACAAGACGACGACGACGACGACGAUUGCGAUUGCUUGGCUUGCUUCGUCAGCCAGCCAAACGUGUUUUGUGUGAGUGUGACACAAAUUCCGCGGAUCUGCGGUAGAAGUAAGCAGUGCGAGGAGGGGCAAUUAAGCGGCUGAAAUUACGGGGAAAAAGUGUGUGCCAAGGAAAGGCUGAGAGAAAAACUUCCAAGCGCGCGAGGGAUGAUCCGAGUGAUUCAGGGAAAUUGAUAAUUUGUUGCAAAUUAAGCCACCAAGCGAAGAAGAGUGUUGUUUCUGGUGGGUUCAUCGGUGAAUCGGUGCCGGAAUAGAAAUCAAGAGUGCUUGGUAGAUCGCGGGGGGCUGUGCCAUCGCCGUCAUCACAACAAACCAGCAGCUCCUCCAGCAUCGAAGUAGGCAGACGAGGCAGCAGACGUCGUCGUCGUCGUAGUCGUCGCGUAUCGACAGGGGGAAAAGCAAGCGAAAAAGAUAACGAAAAUGGCUUCCAUGCGAGGCGGUGGCGGCGUGAAGCAACUGUCGACCGAGGAACGAGCCGAAAUGAGGGAAAAAUUUGAAGAAAUCGACACAAACAAAGACGGCUUCAUCGAGCUGAAGGAACUGAAGGAUGCCCUCGACCAGGUCGGGUUCAAACUUCCCGGCUACCAGGUUCGGCUGAUGAUCGACGAGUACAGCAACAAACAGCGCUCCCAACAUGUCGGCAAACUGUCCUACGAGGAGUUCGAAGUCCUCUGCAUGGACCUCAAAGCCAAAGAUGUGGCCAGCACAUUCAAGACGGCCGUAUCAAAGAAAGAAAACCUGGAAACCCUCGGUGGCAUGUCGGACUCAUCGGCCGCCGGAACAACACAUUCGGUGCGCAUCGAAGAACAGUUGGCCUUCAGCGAUUGGAUCAACUCCAACCUGGGCUACGAUCAGGACCUGAAGCACUUGCUCCCGCUGGAUCCGGAGGGCAAGCAGCUGUACGACAAGAUCAAAGACGGUAUCAUGCUGUGCAAGAUCAUCAACCACUCGUGUCCGGACACGAUCGACGAACGAGCCAUCAACAAGAAGAACCUCACCGUUUACACAAAAUUCGAGAAUCUUACCUUGGCGCUAGUGUCAUCGCAGGCCAUCGGAUGCAAUAUCGUCAACAUCGACGCACACGAUCUGGCCAAGGGCAAACCACAUCUGGUGCUGGGCCUGCUCUGGCAAAUCAUCCGUAUCGGUCUGUUCAGCCACAUUACCCUGGACAGCUGUCCAGGACUGGCCACGCUGCUUGCCGAUGGAGAACGCUUGGAAGAUCUCAUGAAGCUAUCGCCGGAAGCUAUUUUGCUACGGUGGGUGAACCACCAUCUGGAACGAGCCGGUAUCGCUCGCCGGUGCACCAACUUCCAGAGUGACAUCUCCGACUCGGAAGUUUACAGCUAUCUGCUGAAUCAGAUCGCCCCGAAAGAUGCCGCCGUCACACUGGAAGCACUCAGGGAACCAAACGCCUUAAACCGUGCCGAAGUAAUGCUGCAGCAGGCGGCCAAGCUGAACUGCCGCUCAUUCGUCACACCGCAAGACGUCGUCAAUGGUGUCUACAAGCUGAAUUUGGCCUUCGUGGCCAAUCUGUUCAACAACCAUCCGGGGCUGGAUCAACCGGACGAGAUUGAAGGUCUGGAGUCCAUCGAGGAAACCCGCGAAGAGAAAACCUACCGCAACUGGAUGAACUCGAUGGGCGUCAAACCGCACGUCAACUGGCUCUACUCGGACCUGGCCGACGGGCUCAUCAUCUUCCAGCUGUUCGACAUCAUCCAGCCGGGCAUCGUCAACUGGAAAAAGGUCCACCAGAAGUUUACGCCGCUGCGCAAGUUCAUGGAGAAGCUGGAGAACUGUAACUACGCGGUGGAGCUGGGCAAACAGCUCAAGUUCUCGCUGGUCGGUAUCGCCGGACAGGAUCUGAGCGACGGCAACGCUACCCUGACACUUGCCCUCAUCUGGCAGCUGAUGCGAGCCUACACCCUGUCCAUCUUGUCGCGGCUGGCCAACACCGGCAAUCCGAUCAUCGAAAAGGAAAUCGUCCAGUGGGUGAACAGCAAGCUGAAAUCGGCCGGCAAGAGCACCAGCCUGCGAAGCUUCCAGGACUCGUCCAUUUCCGACGGAAAGGUCGUCAUCGAUUUGAUCGAUUCCAUCAAACCGGGCAGUAUCAACUACGACAACGUAAAGGAGGGCGGAAAUGCCGAGGAAAACCUCGAGAACGCCAAGUACGCCGUCUCGAUGGCCCGCAAGAUUGGCGCCCGAGUGUACGCCCUACCGGAGGACAUUGCCGAGGUGAAACCGAAGAUGAUCAUGACCGUGUUCGCGUGCCUGAUGGCCAUGGACUACGUGCCGAACAUGGACAGUGCCAAGAAUGGAACCACGGUCACUCCGGUGGUGGUAGCGGCUGCUGUUACGGCACCGGAACCGGUCAUCAAGGUGGAAGUGGUGGAACCGGUAGCGACGGCGCCGGUCGUUACCAACGGUGGCGGGGACAGUAAUGGAGUAGUGGUGACCACGAACGGAAACGGUGCAAUCGAGGACGAAACGGAAGCGGUUCCGGCGACAACGACGACGACGGUGGUUGAAGUGGACGAGUUUGCCGAUUGAGCGGAUUGAUCGGCGGCGAGUGGAGUUAAGUAGGUUUUUGCGAAUUUCGCAAUAUUAGUCACAAUACAUGUGUAGAGGAUGACGGGGCGGAUGGGGAUUCAUACCGACAAGGGGGCAGGGUUGUAGUUAGGACCAUAAGCUAUGUUGUUUUAGUUUUUAGAUGGGAUUUAUUUUCUACAGCAAAUUUUUUGUUCAUUUUGAAGGGGCUCAUCGUUGUCUACGUCAACCCAUAUGUAUACAGAGAGUACACCGUAAAAUUGGGUAAAAUUAUUUGUCAUAAGUGCCAUUUGGCAGUAUGCUGUUUGCCAUAGCAUAGAAAGCUCUCACUUUGCCAAAUGGCACUUUGCAAAAUGGUGGCCAUUAUUGUCACAUAUAAACUGAAUGUGUAUCGAAGGUUGACGGUGCCAAUAUCAGUCUCUACCCUUGAAGGUUCUGACAAGUGUAACGGGUGCACUGAUCAAAAAUCGCCAAUGAAUUCUGUUUGUUAUAAAUACGUUUUCUUGAGAAGGAAACAUUGUCAUAUAAAUAUUUGACCUCUUCACCAUCUGUAAUCCCCUUUACGGAAGUUUAUUUUGCUAACUAUUGUGUAUUUAUAUAUAAAGCAUUAUCUUACGCUACUCUUACAAAUCACAUGUAUUAUACUUUUAACAAUAUUCAACAAAAUUCUACUAAACAUUAACAUAAAUUCCUGUCGCUUUUUGCUGUGGAGCAAAUAUUUGUUGAUUUAUUUUUCGCAGUGUACUAAACAAACAAAAUUAUUCUAUAUAGAAGUACUAUUUAAGUUUUGUCGUUUGCGCUUCGUAACCUAUUGAUUUUUGUUUUUCGCGUACGUACGUAUAUAAAUUAUUAGGCAAACAGCGUGCCAAAAUUAAGCUAAAUUUGUUCUCUAUAGCAGGAAUCGAAGCGUGGGGUAUAUCGGAAAUCAAAAGCUAAUGCAUGUGUGGCAGUAGUGUGGUCUUGUUCGUUUGUGUUAUCAAUCCUCGUUCGUUGGAUUCGUGUGUGAGAGUGUUGUGAUUCCUCCCCUUGCAUCGUCCACUCGUAUUUUCGUCACUUGUUAUGAAUAUCAUCAAAAUAUACUGAAACAACACUGAACAUUGUGAGAAAUCCAAUUUAUUACAUAUAUCUCAGCUAAAAGAAGUUCGGAAUUCGCAUGCUUCCAUCCCAGCAAUAACAUCGUACUAAACACUAAAAGAUUGUUUUAUCAAAACAAAUUUAAGUUAUGCUUUUUCCGAUUAUAGAACAUUCAUCAUUGACAAUUUCAUAGGAAAAUAACAUAAGAGGCCUCAAGAUUUUGCAAUAAUGGCUGCAUUUACUUCUGAUUUAGAUUCCCGGUUGUAUCCUGGUUUUGGUUCCAAACAUUCACAAUAAACUAUUUGGCAAAGAUGAGUAAUAUUUCAAGACCAAUAUUAUGAACUUGAAGUCGUCGAACGAUCAAAGUUAUUUCACGGUCGCCAUUUCGUAUUUCACGGUCGCCAUAUUGUGGUCGUAGUAUGGAAUUCUAAUAUCCUUCUGCGUCUUAUAUCAACACUUUACUACGUUUGUCAAAAGCAAAACUAUCUCUUUGAUCAAGUUACCGGAUUUGCUAUGAUUUUUUCCUGUGAAAUUGUCACAAUGCCUCUAAAUUUUUACUAAAUAGCAUACAUCGUAUUGCCGUUCCCAUUUGUUGCGAUGAUUGUUUUCUCUAUCGCUUUCUGCUCUAUUCUGUUUUGUAAAUCAAAUUUAUCUAUAUAGGUGUAACCUAUUAGCACGUAGAGAAUACCUUCGAAGUAAGAUUAGCAUAGGGACAAGCGAACAGAAAGACAACAUUUUAAAACACCACCUUAACAAGACAAAAUAAUAGCAGUUAGAUAUACACACAACCAUACAAAUAAAAAACAAACGUUACGUGAAUUGAACCAACACUGCUGCAGCAAUUAUAAAAACCAUUAACAAUUGUAACGGUAACGAGCAUUUUGGAAUUGAAGUUUUAUUGCAUUUUUAAGGCGGGCGGUGGUCAAGCGGCCGACGGAACGUGUCGUUUUCGGGAUCCGAACCCACGAGGCGGAAUCGAAGCGACAUUCGUCGGUGGCAGUAGGUACAGAUAUAACUAUUAUAUAUACCAGCUAGUUUAUUGGCUAAAACCCGUAACGUAUCGUAACGUACACAUAACUCUAUGAAGUAGGUAAAUAAUCUACCGCAACCGGCUAAAAAGUGAAUAAAUAUCAUGAAAAAUA